ACCAGAAGAGUAAAGAAACGAUGAUCCCAGCUCUUUAGGCUCGUACGUAUAUAUUCUCAGGCGACGCUGUCAAGCAACGGGGGCCCCCAAAAGCUGACGCGCGCUCUCUCUACCGUUCCUUUAAAGAAGGACCAAACCGUCUACGACUCCUACACGGCACCGUUUCAUCGCCUCCGAUUCCAGCCCUAUCUGAAUACAAGAAAUUAACUUCUCCACAUCUAGUGGUGCCAAUAAAUUUAAGUUGGUUGGUACUGCUGAGUCUUCAGGACUGGACUGGCUUGUCAAGCAAAUUUGGGACAGGAUGUAAGUGCAGUAUUCUUGUUACACAAGUCUAUGUUUUCCUUAUUCCCCACUGGGUUGGUGGACUUGGAUGGACGUUCCCUCAGUGGAACUGCAUUGUGAAAGUCAAAGUGACACUUGCCCAUUGUUAAUGGCACGGCCAGAGUACAUUAAUAGUAGUGAGCAUGUUAUUGACAUAACGGGAAGUGGUGAUGCUUCCUCAUCUAGCUUGCCUUAUGAUAGAUGCUCUACUAGCACAAACAUGCCGCAACUUGAAGACAGACCUUCGAGCAGCGUUAGAGUUCCCGAUUUGCAACCUUCAGUUUCUUCCUCUAAUGGAUUGAAUUCUAGGAACUCAUCACUCAUAAGGAGAGGGGACGCCCGUCGGCGCAGGAGUCCUUUGAAUUCUGGGUUAUGGAUAUCUAUUGAACUUGUUCUCACUGCAAGCCAGAUUGUUGCUUCUGUUGUUGUUUUGUCUUUGUCAAGAAAUGAGCAUCCGCGUACACCAUUGUUUGUUUGGAUAGUUGGUUAUGCAUCUGGUUGUGUUGCCACCCUCCCCCUUCUUUAUUGGCGCUAUCACCAUCGUAACCAGGUUUCAGAGCAAGAUUCAACUCAAUCACAUCAGACUUCUCAAAUUAAUGUACCUGCACGGCCAGUUUCUCUGUCUGUUACUAGGAAUUCAGAAGCAGGAGAUCGUCAGACUGCUGUUGGAUCCUCUGUUGGCAGCCAACAUUCGCGAGUACUAAAUGCAAGGAUUAAGGGACUAGUGGAAUACUUCAAAAUUGCCUUAGAUUGCUUCUUUGCGGUCUGGUUUGUGGUUGGCAAUGUAUGGCUCUUUGGAGGGCACUCAUCUGCUGACGAGGCUCCGAAUUUGUACCGGUUAUGUGUAGUGUUUCUUAUCUUCAGCUGUAUCGGAUAUGCAAUGCCCUUCAUUUUAUGUGCAACGAUCUGCUGUUGUCUGCCUUGUAUAAUCUCCAUCCUUGGUUUUAGAGAGGAGGCUACCCAGACCAGAGGAGCCACACCUGAAUCAAUUGAUGCUCUGCCAACAUACAAGUUCAAGUUGAAGAAAAGUAGAAGUGGCAAUGAUAGAGAAAGUAACUCAGGUGGCAGUGAAGGUGGUGUUGUGGCUAUUGGAACUGAAAAGGAGCGGGCGAUCUCUGGAGAAGAUGCUGCUUGUUGCAUCUGCUUAGGAAAAUAUGCAAACAAUGAUGAGUUGAGGGAGUUGCCAUGUUCCCAUUUUUUCCACAAAGAUUGUGUCGAUAAGUGGUUGAGGAUCAAUGCGUUAUGUCCUCUUUGCAAGAGUGAGGUGGGUGGCAGCAUUUCGGGAUCACUCUCUGGGCCAAAUGCCAGCCAACGUCGGGGUGAAAGUAGAGUGGGAAAUGGUUUGGCGAGCAAUGUGCUCUAAUCUGAUUGUGUGCGUGUGUGUAUAUAUAUAUAUAUACUGGCUAUUGGGAGGGAGUAUAUCCCUAUGAACUCCUUUGAAAACAACUACUGGAAAUGGCUUGGUGAGCAACCUGGGAAAUUGGCUUGGCGCGACGUGAUCUAAUCACAGAGUAUAUACAUAUUGACUCUGGGAUUAAAUCCAUAUGAACUGUGAGUUAAAUAACUUCUGGAUAGGUAGAUGAUUGUUCAGAUCCCACUCAUUUGAUUCUUGCCAUUACCCCCAUACUCCCUUUCUACCAAUUUUUGCUCCCUAUUUUGGUCAGAUGUAGUAGGUUGUUAUGGAGAGGCCCUGCGAUGUGGGAAUUUGUGAAUCUCUUUUAUUUGGCAGCCAGAGUGAAAAUAUCUUUAUUUGAAUGUAAUAUACUUAUUUCGUUCUCUCUCCAUAUGCUCUUUCAUUUCAAAAAAUAUUUUACCUAAA